AUGGAUUUACACAAAGAAAGAACAACAUACGAGGCUGCGGGGACGAUGAUGUGCCGGUGUCAAACGUGGGAAUGUGACGGGGCGGGGGGAUGUCUGGGGGAAUCCCCCGACUGUCAGAGACACUGGUUUGGUGAAGGAUGCCAAUACAGGAACUUGGGCGAGUACGCAGACGUCGAUACCGUCCUCCUGGAUGGGGACAGUUACACAUGCUACGAAUAUCGGGGCGUUUUCGAUAUUAACUUGUCAGUGAAAAUCUACUUCACCUGGAUGAGGAUAGUAACAACUAGUCGCGACCUGACGAAAAAGAACUACACAUUAGUGCUGACCAACAGAGAAGUGGGAUCUGAACCCCAGGACAAUCAUCCGCGCUUCAACGUGACUGGAGGAACCAUCGACGUGCAGGGUACCACGGCGGCGUACAUCGACGGCAUCAGCUUGACCGUGGGCGACAGGCUGGAAGUCUGUGAGCUCUACAUAGGCGGUGGCAGAAACGUGGCGUUUGCCCAACCAACAGAAGACUCGAAGAUCUCGAACGAUACCUCGUUUCUGGCAGUCGAUGGCCACGACCAGAGGACUAGCGACUGUUACCGUGGGCAGUUGAACAGUGAGCAGUUCUGGCUGGUUGACUUCCGCUCACCCUGCAUUGUGCACGAGAUUGUCAUCAAACGGAGAUUUGUCAGCAGUAAAGACUACUCCCAUAUGUUUGGCACCGUGAUCCACCUGUACAACGUGUCUGGCGAGCCGGUGGUGCUAGAGCGUCAGUUUGACGACAGCAUCAGCAGCAUUGUGAGGAUCUUCACCAAAAUCACUUUCCCAAUCACGCGGAUCAAGUUGACCUUGACCUCGUCCAACACUAGAACCUACCUGGAAAUUUGCGAACUGGAGGCUUACGGAGAGUGUGAGCCUCAGCCCAAGACGACGUCCAGCAUCAUCCAAUCCUCGUCCAACCCCAACGUGUCCAGCCACCUGCUGGAGUCUAACUUCAGCGCCAGCCCCAUCUCAGACGACGUCGAACUGCCACUGGGGAGGAGGGACUACCCUUACAUCAUCUGCGUCGUCUUUCUCGUCGUCUGCGUCAUGACCUACAUCAUCGGCACGUAUCUCUCGCACGUGGAGAAGGAGUUCAAGGUCAUAGGCAAGAAGAAGAUGUCAGAGGCAUAUUCUUCAGGUUAG